AUGUCAACAGCAAUUUCCUCCAAGCACCACGUCGUUGUUCUUGGUGCAGGAGUUAUUGGCCUGCAAACGGCCUUGACUAUUCUAUCUCAUGAUAUUCGGGUAACUCUAUUGUCAGUCUCAUGGCCGGGAUGUCUCUCAGAUCCGUACUAUACCUCGAUGUUUUCAGGUGCCCAGUGGCGCUCCAAUCCUGAUAUGAAUGAUCGCCGCCAGCAGUCCUGGGACCGCACGACAUUGCUUCACUGGCGUGACCUCCUGGCUUGUCACGCACCCAGUGAGCUCGGUCUCGAGCUACAUCCCGCUGUUUUUUUCUGGGAUUCACCUGUACCCGUGUAUCGCCUGGAGAAAUCACACUGGUGGAUAACGGAUCCAGACUUGAUGCCAGUGAGAGACCUGGGACCGGAUGAUUGUGCCGCACCAGGAAAUGCAGAUGGAGCUGGCUUUGCCUACCAAACAAUUACAGUCAACCCGGUGGUAUACUGUACGUGGUUGCUACGCCAAUGUGAGAGCGCCCCGGAGGGUCAAUUCGAAACCCGUGUGCUGCAUGUAAAAAGCUUCUCACAGGUCUUCGACGAAGUUCCCGGUACCAAAGCUGUCGUGAACUGUACAGGACUCGGGGCUGGGAAGCUUGCGGAUGAUGAGGCAUGCUUCCCAACGCUAGGGCAGACAGUGCUGGUGAAAGGGAAAGCUCACAGAGUAGUAACCCGGAGGAACGAACAGGAAGAGCAACCAUGGGAGGCACUAGUGAUUCCGCGGCCGGGGGAGGAGAUAACAGUGCUUGGGGGGGUGCAAGGUGAAGGGGGAUUGGUGCAUCCAGCCGAGUGA